UGACCACAUAAAUGUAGAACAAGAAGUUGUUCUAUCAUAAUAAUCCCUAAUUGAACAACACAAACCUCGAACUGCCCUAACGGUCUCUUUAAAAUUUGAAUAAUUGUUACUCCUGCACCCCUCUCUAAUCGAGAUUUACUAGUCCAUUUUUAAUUUGUUGUAUUUGUAGCAUGAGCCCUCAAACUCAGAUCUCGUUUUCAAGCCCCAAAUCAGAUCCCAUUUUCUUUUCUAAAUCAGCUUCUGUAUCUCUUUCAAUCAAGGUAACACAGUAAACCCCAUCUCUAAGUUUCAUCAACAACACAAUUUUAGCUCCAUCUCUCUCUCCCCCUGCCCCAUCUCUCUCUCUCUCUCUCUCUCUCUCUCUCUCUCUCUCUCUCUCUCUCUCUCUCUCUCUCUCUCUCCCUCCUCUCUGUCUGUGUGUGUUUCUUGAAAAAUGGGUUCCCAAGCCCCCAAAUCGUCAAAACCCUCCAAACCCAGUAACCAUACACCCCCAGCAAGAUCAUCAUCAUCUUCAUUAUCAUCCCAUCUUGCUAUGAUUGAGCUCAAACAGAGAAUUCUCACUUCUUUGUCUAAGCUUUCUGAUAGAGACACCCACCAGAUCGCAGUCGAAGACCUCGAAAAGAUCAUCCAAACCCUUUCUUCUGAUGGCAUUUCAAUGCUUCUUAAUUGCCUGUUUGAUGCCACUAAUGAUCCCAAACCCGCAGUAAAGAAAGAAUCCUUACGCCUUCUUGCUGUUCUUUGUGCUACCCAUGGUGAUUCCUCAUCGACCCAUUUGACCAAAAUUAUAGGCCACAUUGUCAAGAAACUUAAAGAUUCUGAUUCUGGAGUUAGGGAUUCUUGUCGAGAUGCGAUUGGGGCGCUUUCGGGUCAGUAUUUGAAAGGGGAGACUGGGGAGAAUGGGGGACAUGGUUCUAUUGUUUCGUUGUUUGCUAAGCCUUUGUUUGAGUCAAUGAAUGAUCAGAGCAAAGUUGUCCAAGCUGCUUCAGCAAUGUGUUUAGCUAAGAUGGUCGAUUGUGCUACCGACCCGCCAGUUGCAGCACUCCAGAAGUUGUGCCCUAGGAUUUGCAAGUAUCUUAAUAGUCCUAAUUUCUUGGCUAAAGCUGCAAUAUUGCCCGUUGUUGCAUCCCUAUCUCAGGUAGGAGCUAUUGCACCACCAAGCUUGGAAACAAUGAUGCAAAGCAUUCAUGACUCCCUUAGCAGUACAGACUGGGCAACACGCAAGGCAGCUGCUGACACAUUAAUUGCCUUGGCACUGCAUUCGAGCAGCUUGAUCAGAGAAACAGCCCCCUCCACAUUGGCUGUCCUCGAAUCGUGUCGCUUCGACAAGAUUAAACCCGUCAGAGAUAGUCUGACAGAGGCAUUACAACUCUGGAAGAUGGUUUCUGGUAAAGGAGAAGACGGGCCUACAGAUAACCCAGAAUCUUCAGUUAAUGAUACUGAUACAUCAGGAGUAGCAGAUGUGUCUAAGCAUCAUACAGAUUCUGCAGAAAGAAGAACUAGUGCAUCUGUAAAUAAUUCAGCUGGUGUGUCGCCCACUACUGGUUCUGUUUCCAAAGCGAAAGGUAGCAACAUUUUGGACAAAACGGCUGUACUGUUGAAAAAGAAGGCACCAGCACUAUCUGAUAAGGAAUUGAAUCCUGAGUUUUUUCAGAAACUCGAAACCAGGGGUUCAGGUGCUGUGGAAGUUAUGGUGGCGCGUAGACGUCCAAAAUCACCAAAUUCUCAGAGUGAGGAUGAGGUAGAGACAAUUGAUAUGGAUGCAACAAAAUCAAAGGGGAACUGUGAACAAGAUGUUGGAUCCAUAAACAGCAACCUUGAUGCAGAGAGAGGAAACGGUGGUGCCACCAGCUGUAGACAGCCUGAUUUUGAUGAUCAGGGUGAUACAAAUUUAAGAAAGUCAUCUGCUAAUCGUGUCGGAAUCUCUAAGACAGAUGGCCAGUCGGAAGGUUUUAUGAACAACAAAGGAAAUUGGUUGGCAAUUCAGAGGCAGUUAUUACAACUCGAGAGGCAACAAGCUCAUCUUAUGAACAUGUUGCAGGAUUUCAUGGGUGGUUCGCAUGAUGGCAUGCUUACUCUAGAGAAUAGAGUACGGGGACUGGAGAGAAUUAUUGAAGACAUGGCACAUGAUUUGACAAUAUCAGGUCGAAGAGGUGGCAAUUAUAUGAUGGGAUUUGAGGAAUCUAAUAGGCAUUUAGGCAAGUAUAGUGGCUUUUCUGACUACAAUACAAAAUUUACAAGGCCUGGUGAUGGACGGAGUUCUUUUGGGGAGAGGUUUGCCCCAUCUGAUGGAGUUGCUUUCACUGCAAGGGGACGGGGGCCACCUUCUUGGAGAAAUGAUUUGCCUGAGUCUCGGGAUUAUUAUUCGUAUGGAAGAAAUGGACAGAUUGGCUCUCGGAGAGCUUUGGGUAGUGGUCCUAUGGAUGGUAGGUCGCCUAAAUCUGACCAUGGGAGUGAUCAGAGUGGUAGCAGGAGAGCUUGGGAUAAAGGGGUCGGAGCUGUUAGGUUUGAUGAGGGGCCUUCUGCAAGAAGUGUAUGGCAAGCAUCAAAGGACGAAGCAACCUUAGAAGCAAUUCGAGUGGCUGGCGAGGACAAUGGAAAAACUCGAACUGCAAGAGUAGCUGAACGCGAAUUGACUGCAGAAGCUUUAGGAGAUGACAAUGCUGUGCCUGAUCGUGACCCAGUCUGGACUUCUUGGAGUAAUGCAAUGGAUGCCCUUCACGUAGGAGACAUGGACUCUGCUUUUGCGGAAGUGUUGUCUACCGGAGACGAUCUCCUGCUUGUGAAAUUAAUGGACAGAUCUGGCCCAGUUAUUGAUCAAAUCUCCAGUGAGGUAGCUAAUGAAGUAUUGCAUGCUGUUGCACAGUUUCUGAUAGAGCAAAACUUAUUCGACAUCUGCUUAUCCUGGAUUCAGCAGUUGGUCGAUCUCAUUGUGGAAAGUGGACCGGAUGUCUUGGGAACUCCCAUGGAAGUGAAGAGGGAGGUAUUGGUGAAUCUGAAUGAAGCAUCAUCAACAAUUGAUCCCCCCGAGGACUGGGAAGGCGUUCCACCAGACCAACUAUUGUUGCAGCUUGCAUCAGCUUGGGAAAUUGAUCUACAGCAGCUUGAAAAGUGAUGAAUAUAUAUAUGCGCUUUGUACUACAUAAAUGAAGGUGGAUUGCUGGGGAAAAGUACAUUUUGUGCCAUGGUUUAAUCAUUAUAUCUUUGAUCGAGUAUUGUCAUUUUAUUAGUGAUAUUAGCAUAAUAUCAAUUUUCUGACAACUGCCUGCUCUUACGAAUUGUUUGUAAUUUUCUUACUGAAUUUCUGUCUGAUGAUGCGAGAAACCUAGCAGUGAUUUAGCACAAUUAUACAUUAAGCAUAUGAGAUAUGUUAAGAGUUGUACCAUAGUAGCAGAAUCUUACGUAAAUUGAGUUUAAUAGUUCUUGAUUUAUUUAUUUA